CCCCUCCCGCCCCACUUCAGCACACUAGUCCCAGGACUCCCGCAAGCCCUACAGCGCUCCGGCUGAUGAUUGGCUGGAGGCUUGUUAAGUAUUCAUGAGGGGGCGGGCCGAGCAGGGCUGCCCUUUGUUAACCGGGGAGGGCGCGGCCGUGGGCAUUCUCGCUGCGGGUCUCACCGGGCGCUAUCUGCUUGUCAGAUUUGAGCCGAAAUGUCCUACAUCCCGGGCCAGCCUGUCACCGCCGUAGUGCAAAGAGUUGAAAUUCAUAAGUUGCGUCAAGGUGAGAACUUAAUCCUGGGCUUCAGUAUUGGAGGUGGGAUCGACCAGGACCCUUCCCAGAAUCCCUUCUCGGAAGAUAAAACAGACAAGGGCAUUUACGUCACACGAAUAUCCGAGGGAGGCCCUGCUGAAAUUGCUGGGCUGCAGAUUGGAGACAAGAUCAUGCAGGUGAACGGCUGGGACAUGACUAUGGUUACCCAUGACCAGGCUCGGAAGCGGCUCACCAAACGCUCGGAGGAAGUGGUGCGCCUGCUGGUGACUCGGCAGUCUCUGCAGAAGGCUGUACAGCAGUCCAUGCUGUCCUAGCAGUCAGCCAGUCUUGACUUGUAGCCACCAACCUUUUUGUAUAGUGACAGCACAUCCAUGCUCUCUCUGUAUCUCGUUCUGGCUUCUGCUGUGUGCUGGGCCCCAGCUCUGAGGGAUAACAGCUGAUCCCAAGGUCCAAGCCCACUUUCCUACCCCUCAACUCCCCAAUCUGAGGCCAUGGGACCAGCUCUCUCUCUCGGAUGCUGAGGAUUGGAAAUAAGGGCCUGGAGUAGUAUCCAGUCUGCAGUGACCAUCAUCUCAGCCUGAGACCUGCUGCCUGGCCACAGCAGGGGCUGGGCAGCCAGGAAACACCUUCUGAGAGCUGCCAAAGCUUGGAAAUGCUAGGUAGGGCCAUUUUCCCUGAUUUGCUCUGGCUGAAGGGCUUGGCCCUGCCCUUCCUCAGUGCCUCUAUCCAUACUUCCCCAUCGCGGGGCCCAGCCUGGGGCUGGACCCAAAUAUGCCAGAGACUUUAUGAAGGCCACCUGGAUGGAAGAGGGCAGGCUCCCACUACCUUCAAUUCUCUAAGGUGUGCUGGCCUAUCUAGGAUCUGUCUGCUUAAACAAUUUACACAAGUUUUAAGACCGGCAUUUCAGGGCAGCUCCCAGGAUUGCCAUCUUUCCUCUACACCUGUGGGCUUAGCUUUUGUAUUUUUUAAGUCACAACUUUGAUAUAAAGUGUUUUUAUCUUACUGAAUUGAAAAGCCAAUUCUCCUUUUGAAUUUAGCUUACUAAUUCACACACCUGGAAGCAGCAACUUGUAGCAUGUGACUAAGCCAGUUGGUUACUAUGGAAAUGGGGCAGUAUGCUGCUACCCCAUGCUCAACACUUGUGCCCAAUAAACAAUGCUGGAAUUUA